AAAAGGCACGCUGGGUUGGUCAUCACACGCAGAGUGUAAGAGUGACGUGAGGUGAGAGAGAGAAAGAGAGAGAGAAAGAGAAAAAGGGUUUCUUUUCCUUUCAUUUCCAUUUCAUUUCAUUUAUUUUGCAGUUCGCUAUAUAUUCCAAGCACACAAAAAUUUUCGAAACCCCUUUUCUCACACCCAAAAAAAAAAAAAAAAUCUGAACUCGCAAACCGCCAUAGCCGAGAUCAUCACUCCUUUAGGUUCUAUUUGUUAGGGAAUAAUGGUGGACUGUAUAUGGAAGAAUAUAAAUAUGAAUGCGAAAUGAUGAGAUGGGCAAGUCUCACAACUUGAAAAUGUUAAACUCUGUUCCUUUUUCCUAGUCUUUGAAUUUUUUUUUUGUUGGGUUUUUGUGGGUGGUCAAUGGUGAUGGCAAAGCGCGUCUACGAAGCCUGGAAAGGAAGUAAUAAAUUCAUCCUUGGUGGAAGGUUAGUAUUUGGGCCAGAUGCAAGGUCACUGCUUGUCACUUUAUUGCUGAUUAUAGUGCCAGUGAUAAUCUUUUGUGCGUUUGUUGCGAGACAUCUUCGGCACGAAUUUUCGCCAGUAAAUUCGGGAUAUGCGAUUCUCGUGGUGGCAAUUGUUUUUACUAUCUAUGUGUUGGUGCUUCUUUUUCAUACUUCAGCCCGGGACCCAGGAAUUAUCCCACGUAACUCACAUCCACCGGAGGAAGAGUUUCGUUACGACUCUUCUGUUUCAAAUGAGAUUGGGGGAAGGCAAACUCCAAGUCUUCAGUUUCCUCGGACGAAAGAAGUGAUAGUCAAUGGUCUUCCUGUGAGGGUGAAAUAUUGCGAGACUUGUAUGCUAUACCGUCCUCCACGUUGCUCCCAUUGUUCCAUUUGCAACAAUUGUGUGGAACGUUUUGAUCAUCAUUGCCCUUGGGUGGGUCAAUGCAUUGGAUUGCGGAACUAUCGUUACUUCUUUCUGUUCGUUUCUUCUUCGACUCUUCUUUGCAUCUAUGUUUUUGCCUUAUCAGCUUUGUACAUCAAGGUUCUGAUGGGCGAUAAUAAGAGCACGGUUUGGAAGGCAAUGAAAGAAUCUCCUGCAUCUGUUAUACUAAUGGCUUAUUGUUUCAUUUCACUUUGGUUUGUUGGUGGAUUAACUGGAUUCCAUCUGUACCUUAUCGGUACAAACCAGACUACAUAUGAAAAUUUCCGAUACAGAGCUGACAACAGGAUCAAUGUCUACAAUCGGGGCUGUUUGAACAAUUUUCUCGAAGUAUUCUGUACAAAAGUAAAACCCUCGAGGAAUAACUUUCGGGCUUUUGUCCAAGAGGAGGUACAAAAGCCACUGCCUCUGCCCUCUCCGCGGGAAGCAGAACCAGACGAUAUGGCCGGAGAUCCACGCUCAAAGGUGGAAGACGAUUUAGAGAUUGGCGAAGAUCUUUUGAAGAUCUCCCAACGUCGUAAUUUUGAAGAAAUUGACGAGGACAUACGUAGCAGAGGUAGCAAUGGACCACCCCAUAACACCUCAGAGGUUGACUCCGUUUUGGGCGCCGACCAUCGGGCUCCAACAAUACGGUCAGAAACUCGCCACUCGAGUUGGGAAAGAAGAGGUAGCUGGGAAAUCGCACAGGAGGUCCUCGCUAAUGCUAAUAACGUGACCGAAAGCAGAAGCUACGUUACUCCAAAGGAUGCCCGGCAAUGAUUAGUGGAUUGCAUAUUUGAUCUUAGCACGGCGUCUAAUGUGGGUGGUGCGAGAUUAUUUUGAUAUAUUCCUUAUUCUGGAAUAGGAAGGGCAAUUUCCAUUGACCAGAAACUUACAAUUAAUGGCAAGGGGAGUCUGAUGUAGGAUCCUUUAGGUAUGAAAACAUCAUCUCAUAUUUCCAUUUUUUUUUUUUGGGUUGGAAUGCUUGCUCUUCUAUUUUCUUUUUUGAUGAAUAGAAUGCGUGUUUGUAAUUGCUUGCGAAGGUAAGGGGAUAGUGUUUUUUUCCCCUUUUUUAUUUUUACAUUCCAUUACUUCCUCUUUCGAUAUUGUGUAACAAUUUGCUACUGUAAAAUUGAAAAUCUUGUGAUGGCUUUAUUUUGUGUGUGUAAAUUAAUCAGUACUUGGGACCCUCCCAAAAGUGCAUUU